GCACUGAUAGGUAGCACUGAUUGGCAUUGAUAGGUGGCACUGACUGGCACUGAUGGGUGACACUGAAAGGCAGCUCAGAUGGGCACUGUGAUAUAUGGCAUUGAUGUGUACUGGUAGGCACUGAUAUGUGGCAUUGAUGUGGCACUGAUGGGCACUGGCACAAGGCACUGGUGAGCAUUGACAAAAGGCACUGAUGGACACUGACAGGUGGCACUGCUGUGGCUACACUGAUCAUCAGGGCACACUGAUCAUCAGUGUCCUGAUGAUCACUGUCAGGACAGAAAUGCUGAUAACCGGCAUUUCCUUGUUUACAUGUGAUCAACUGUGGACACAGCUGAUCACAUGACCGA